AGCGGGGCUCCGGUCCGGCGGCACCGAACCGACCGGCUCUUCUUCAUCUUGCUCCGCAAGAAGCCCACCCCGGCCGCAUAAGCCCACUCCCCCCGACCAGCAGCGGCGGCGACCCCCUCCCCUCCUCCUUCCCCAAAUCGAACCCGGCGCCCCCCGUCCCCGGCGACCCCGCGACUCCGGCCGGCCAUGUCGAUCUUCGAGUACAACGGCUCCGCGGUGGUGGCGAUGGUGGGGAAGAACUGCUUCGCCAUCGCCAGCGACCGCCGCCUCGGCGUGCAGCUGCAGACCGUCGCCACCGACUUCCAGCGGGUCUUCAAGAUCCACGGCAAGCUCUACAUCGGCCUCUCCGGCCUCGCCUCCGACGCCCAGACGCUGUACCAGCGGCUCGUGUUCAAGCACAAGCUGUACCAGCUGCGGGAGGAGCGCGACAUGAAGCCCGAGACCUUCGCCAGCCUCGUCUCCUCCAUGCUCUACGAGAAGAGAUUUGGGCCGUACUUCUGCCAGCCAAUUAUUGCUGGACUUGGACAGGACGACGAGCCAUUUAUUUGUACCAUGGACUGCAUUGGUGCAAAGGAACUUGCUAAGGAUUUUGUUGUCUCAGGGACAGCAUCAGAGUCCCUAUAUGGUGCUUGUGAAUCCAUGUACAAACCCAACAUGGAACCCGAGGAACUCUUCGAGACCAUAUCACAAGCCCUGUUGUCUUCAGUUGAUCGCGAUUGCCUCAGUGGGUGGGGAGGCUAUGUUCUAAUUGUGACACCGACCGAAGUUCAAGAGCGGGUGCUCAAGGGCAGGAUGGACUAGAUUAUGCAUGGCCUAGAAUUCGUCAGCCGCUUUCCGAUGCUUCUACGCAUGCUGUUUCAGCAUCCCUGUUGUGCCCUGGUUCCAGAGUAACCUUGUACUGUCAAACUGAUGGUGUUAUAUUUGCCCGUAGAAAAGAACAUUUGUUGUCUUCUUAUUUCUGCUUUCUAUCAAUGGUGAGACAUCUCUGUCA